AACAGUUGGAAACUCUGUCCUUGUCUCUGGUAUUUGCAUUCUUGUCAGGAGUUCCUUAUUUGGUUAAUUUCCCACCAACUUCUGAAAGAAUUGGGACUGUUCUAUGGGCCCCCAGGCAACACGAAGUCGGAACGCUUUGCAUGCUGGAGUUUCUGGGGUACACUUGUGGGCACUUGGUCUUCAGCUUUCUUCCUUGUUCUUGACUGGGAUCGUCCAUGGCAAGCCUGGCCCAUACCAUGUGUUGCUGGUUCUCUAUUUGGCUUCACCGUGGGAUUUAUUGCAUUCCUCCUAUCUCCUUUCAAGGGUCCUCCAUGUAUUAGUCUCCUUCAACAGUCGUUGGAUUCAGUUGACCACUCUCAAGACCAUUUACUGGAUCGUUGUCUGGCAUUUCUAUCCACCUACUCUUGGGUGUAUUCCUUCAAGUGGACCGAGCUUUUCUCAUGUCCUGAGUUGGAUCCCGUCAGCACUUGUCCUAAGGAAUGGGUCGAAGCUUUGUCGGACUGCGAAAUCGCAGAACUUCAGAAGUUCGUUGUUGGUGGCAGUGUCCCCACUAGCUGGCCUGAGUCUCUCAAAUCCUUCGCCGAGCAGUGCGUAACCUUGACACAAGAGCUCAUAGAGUCAGCGACCUUCUCACCUCCAGCAACAUCUGUCGCACCUCAAGCUCCCUCUCAAGGAAUUCUGUGCCUCAAUGCUCCUGCCCGUCACCUAUUCUACCAGUGUCGCCCAGAUGAGCUCGCGGGGAUAGCGCCACGCAAAGUGAAACCAAAGAAAAAUCAUGAAAUUGAGAUUAUGUCGGCUUUUCUCUGUGAUCUUCUUCAGAAUUCAAUGCUGCUCUCAAAUUCGCCACUUGGAGGCUCUUCAAAGGAUGUGUCCAACACAAAAGUCACCUUUCAGACAGCUCCUUUUGAAGGACCACACGACUCCCAGGGUUACCUUUCAGUUAAACUGCCCACAUCCGCUUCGGUGCUGGUCGAUUUGGGUUCUGGUCUGGGGCAUCUACCACGAAGAGUGCUGCAACGCAUUGGCACCACUUUGCCAGGGACGCUUAUCGUUGCUGUAGAAUCCAAUCCAGUAUUGCACGCCAAGGCACUGCAGCUGGAGUCAAAGAAACCUCAUUCUGAAAGACGCCUCAUUCAGCUAUUUGCUCAUGUGGAGAAGGGCGAGUUUGGCCAAUUCAAAGAAAAACUUGUUGCCGCAUUGGAAGAAAGAUGGAAGCAGCAGGAGAACGUGGAGGAGAAACUAAGGCAGAUCGAUUACUUGCUCUGCGGUCUUCACUGUUGCGGUGAUCUGAGCGAAGCGGCUUUGCAGAUUUUCCACGUUGAUCCCUGCGCUCAUGCUAUCGUUCUUGUGGGUUGUUGUUACCACAAAAUAACCACUCAGACGGAUGAUAUUCGGGAGAACAUAGAGAGGGAACAGGCAUUCACGUUCCCUCUCAGUUCCCAGCUGCGUGCCGCAUUCCACCGAUUUUCAGAUGCAGGAACAACGGUAGCAGAAAAGUCGUUAAAAGCGACAGUAGCCCUUCGUCUAGCUUGUCAGUGGUCCCCACAGCAGUGGUCGCAAUGGAGUCCACGUGAAGUCUACGAACACCGCAUUCGCGUCUUCAUUCGGUCCCUCCUUGAGGUACACCUCAAUCCCUCCCAUGCUCCUGGCACCAACAUCACCCUUCUCAAAAGAGUUGCUCGUUAUCCAAUCAAUUGCUCUCUGCCGUCCAGUGCCUGUCUCACCUCGGUGCGUCAACCACUGCCCGAACUCACCACCCAUUGGCACACUCUUAAGUCUGUUGCUGCCUCUGUUGCUGGCGAAGAACCUACUGAUACUACUGUCAUCGAUACAGCGGAGCUCACGCGAUUAGCUUAUACGAAAGCAGAUGUGUGGCACCUUCUGCCUGGCCUUACAGCAUUGCAGCAACUUGUCCAGCCUCUAAUAGAGGCCCUCAUUUUGGUUGAUCGUUUGUGGAGCUUGGAAUCGGCUCCUGAUGUGCAAUUCGCCACGCUUGUGCGUCUCUUUAACCCCAAAUUAUCACCCCGAUGUAUGGGUAUUGUGGCUGUGAAGAAAACCAGUGACACUCUACGACCUUUAUAA